AAGAGUUUAGAGGUUACACUGGUGCUUCAUGUAAACACUUCCCCAAACAUGCGGCUGUGUUCCUGGUAUGUAAGUGGAGCUCAUCUCCACUCUUGUAUCUUUAGAAGUUUAUUUUCCUAACAUGUAAAGGCCGUUAAGAAACGAGUUUCUGAUUCACCCGUGAAAGAAUCUGAACGUUAGAGAAAGAAGGCCGGCGUGAGGAGGGCAGCUAGCGGUCCCACCAUGGAGGUGGAGGGCCGGGACUUCCUAGGCACGCCGCCCAUGAAAACGGUCCGCUUCGGUAGCAGUGUGGUGGAGACGCUGGAGAAACUGAGACAGGGAGACGGCAGCGACUAUGAACUCCUGAGGCAUCAGCUGGCUAAUCCGGACAUAAAGGAUGCUCAGAUCAUCAGCUGGCUGCAGGAGUUUCGCAGCUGUAUGACCCAGCUGACGAAGGACCAUGAACAGCUCAUCUACACCGUACUGAGGCUUCCAUGGGUGGGCCGGAGCCAGGACGUGGUGGAUGAGUUCAUGGCCUUCCUCGGUAACCUGGUGUCGGCACAGACCGUGUAUCUAUGUGCCUGCCUCAAGAUGGUGGUGUCCCACUUCACUCCCAAGAGGGUGACCGUCUGUGAGGGGGGAGUCGAUAUCUCUGAUUCAGAAGAUGAAGAGGAGAAUCUCCCCAGAAGCUUUGAUCAGUGUCACCAGGCGCUGCAGAUCAUCAUCAGAUAUGUUCCCUCGACAAGUCGUUUUCUAAUGCCCAUUCUCCAAGAGAGGUUCCCCUUCAUACAUAAAUCCUCCAGAACUCUGGAGUGCUACGUCCACAACCUGCUCAGGUUAACGGUCUACAUACCAUCCAUCCGUCGAGAUGUGCUGGAGCUGAUCAUCGGAAAGCUGCUCAAACUGGACGUCAGUGCGUCGCGGGCAGACAUUGAGGAGGCAGAGGACAACGAAGCCCAGAAGCAGCCUGAGGAGGGACUCUUUGACAUGGAUGAGGACAUGUCUGCAGAUCAGCCGCCCAGAACCAAUACGAUGGCCCAUCCAGUGGCUGAGAAGUUGGACUCCCUCAUGGCUGUGCUCAUGGCUUACAUCAGAGACAUCUGCCAUGUUGACGGUUCAUUUCAUGCUGAAAGGACUAAAGAGCUCUACAGAGACUUGCUGAGUGUGUUUGACAAGCUCAUUCUGCCCACGCACGCUUCCUGCCACGUGCAGUACACGCUCUUCUACCUCUGCAGCUUCAAACUGGCUCUGGCGGAGGCCUUCCUGGAUCACGUGUGGAAGAUCCUGCAGAACCCCGCUCAGCCCGCCGUGCUGCGCCAGGCUGCGGCUGGAUACCUGGGCAGCUUCCUGGCCCGGGCCAAGUUCGUCCCUGUGCUCACCGUCAGGGCCUGUCUGGACCUGCUGCUCACCUGGAUCCAUCGCUACAUCGACAGCCAGGACAACAGCGGCAAGCAGGUGUGCUGCGACAUCAGUCUGCACGGACCCUUCUAUGCCGCCUGCCAGGCCGUUUUCUACACCCUCGUCUUCAGACACAGAGCCAUGCUGGAGGCCAACAUGAAGAAAGGUUUAGAGUACCUGCAGGGUCUGAACCUGGAGCGGGUAGUGAUGUGUCAGCUGAAUCCUCUAAAAGUCUGUCUGCCUGCAGUCACCAGCAUGUUUGCAGCCAUCACCAGGAAAUAUCAGGUGGUUUUCUGCUACACCAUCAUAGAGAGGAACAACAGGCAGGUGCUGCCGGUGGUCCGCAGCUCUGCAGGAGGAGAUGGGGUCAGCACCAACACCAACCCUCUGGACAGCUUUUUCCCCUUUGACCCCUACCUGCUCAAACGGUCUGGUCAGGUGAUUGAACCGCUCUAUCAGCAAUGGGAUGAUCUGGCUGAGACUGAUCUGCUUCCAGCCAAAACAGCCCAACAGGGCUUGAAGGAGGAGGAAGAUGACUUCUUGAGUGGGGAGACGCCACACGGCGAGGGCAUGCUUGGAAUGACACCCAACUCGUACGGUUCAAACAUCUGCAGCCCGAGCAGCGUGGGUUCCCCCCCCAUGGCCCAGAACCGAGCCUUCAAGUUUUAAUCCGCCUGGACAGGGCAGGCAGGUUUUCAUCAGAGACUCCGCUUCUGCAACCUUUACCUCCCUGAGAGGAGAGGAGAGGAGAGGAGAGGAGAGGAGAGGAGAGGAGAGGAGAGGAGAGGAGAGGAGAGGAGAGGAGCUACGACUGGGAACCUGUAGUGUGACCUUACCCAGGACAUUAUUUCUACAGCUCUGAUAGGGCUUAAUGCUGCGGCCGAGCACAGACAGCUGCAGCCGCACACAACGUUGAUCAUUAGUCUGGCUGCUGAUGAACAAAAAUACACGUUGGUCAUGUUUAAAAAGUAGAGAAGCUACAGUAGCUCACACAAACAUGUAUAAAGCUUUUCUGGAGAUGAAUUCUACGUUUUAAAUAAACAGGUAAAAGAACCAGUA